CUGAGGCUGACGCCGGGAAUCAGAACUCUACUCCUCUCGGAUCGCGUUGAUUGGACGGCGGCGCCGGCCAGAAACUGAUUCCAGGCAAACCACCCGCCGCGAUAUGCCGGAUAAUUCAAAGCACUGCCUGCCACACUCUGAAACUGCUGAAAAGGAACGGCCUUCAAAAGUCCCGAAAACUCUGCUAGCGGACGGAGAAGAAGAAGAAGAAGAAGGCGAAUUUGAAUCGGGCGGCAUUCCGGAGGCGAUGAGUCCAAACCCUCGGCUUCAGCGUUAUUUGGUAGCUAUCGAGUACAUAGGCACUCGCUUCUCUGGUUCCCAGAAGCAGCCCGUCGACAGGACUGUUGUGGGCGUGCUUGAGGAGGCAUUUCACAAAUUCAUUGGGCAACCAGUGUCAGUCUCCCUAUCCAGCCGCACGGAUGCAGGAGUACAUGCCUUGGCUAAUGUGUGCCAUGUGGAUGUGGAACGAAUUAGCAAAAGGAAACCCGGUGAAGUUUUGCCACCUCAUGAACCAGAAGUGGUUAGAAAAGCAGUGAACCAUUUCUUGCAGAGAGAAGGAGAUAUCAUGGUCACUGAUGUUAGAUGUGUUCCAGCAGAUUUUCAUUCAAGAUUUAAGGCACAAGAACGCACGUACUUCUACCGUUUGUUAUCUGGACCAGAUCUUUUAUCUGCCUUUGAGAAAGACCGUGCCUGGCAUAUACCUGAGCAGCUUAAUCUUCUCGCAAUGAAAGAAGCAUGCAAUGUUCUUGUUGGCCAUCACGAUUUCAGCUCCUUUAGGGCGUCUGGUUGCCAGGCAAAAUCACCAAUAAGAACACUAGAUGAACUUAGUAUUACUGAGGUGGUUCCAACUCCCUGCUUCCCUUCUAUCAUGGAAAGAGAACACAACAGUGCACACGGGGAAGAUGCUUCAAACAAUGAUAAGGUUGGGGUUCCCAGUUUCGAAGCUGGUUCAGUAUUUGGGAUUAGGAAGAGACAUCGUUGCUAUGUAAUAGCAGCACGUGGUCGUUCUUUUCUUUAUCACCAGGUUGGCAUUUUUAGCUACUGUAACUUUGUGUUUUCACGGUCGGAGAUUUGUUUCUCUUGUAACUCAAAAUGUGACCAAGUUAAGUUAAAUGCUUUCAGGUCAGACUUCUAGUUGGAGUUCUCAAAUGUGUGGGCACGGGAGAAAUUACAGUAUCCGAUGUGAGAAGAAUACUGGAUGCAAAAACUGUGACUGCUGCAAGGGCCAUGGCUCCUGCAUGUGGUCUCUACCUUGGACAAGUCAAGUACGAUCUGCCUCGUUGACACCUGAAGUUCUAAACCAAUGAAGUUUAUUUCUCUUAAAAAGUUAAGCUUAAGACCCUGAAUGUUGGUACCAUCCCCUAUUGUGUUUACAACCCAGGCAAAAAUGUAUCCUCGCGAUUAUUGAGAAAUGGGUUCCACUUAUGUCUGCCUUUUAGUCUUCUCCUAAGUUGGUUGAUGAGAUACCAGCAACCUUUUUGUUUGCUUACAAUGUAUACAGUUAAUUUUUUGUGGUAAUUUGUUUAUGCUUAUGUUUAAUCCAAAAAAAUGUUCUGU